CCAGGUUUUCAAUUAUGGAUGUGGUUAAAACUGUUUCCAUAUUAAGUAGGAAUCAUGCGAAAGUUUUUCUGAGGUUUUACAGCAAUAAACAGUCGGAACAUUUGUUGAAAUAUCGGCCCUCAUCACUGCCACCAAGUGACGAAGAUUUGGAGCGGUUAAGGAAUUUUAUUUCAAAGCGAAGAAAACUUUUUGUUUUGUCCGGUGCAGGGCUGUCAACAGAGUCAGGAAUUCCUGAUUAUCGAUCAAAGGAUGUGGGACUUUACGCACGGACUAACCAUAAACCAAUGCAGCAUCAAGACUUUGUUAAAAGUGCAGAUAAACGGAAAAUUUAUUGGGCAAGGUCGUACCUUGGGUGGGCGAAAUAUGACGCAUGGAAACCUAAUGCUGCGCAUGUAAAGUUAGCAGCUAUGGAGAAGGAUGGGAGAGUGGAGUGGCAUACUACGCAGAAUGUGGAUGGUUUAAUGGUGAAAGCAGGCGCUGAACAACUUACUGAGCUUCAUGGGCAAAUGAGGAGAGUUGUCUGUAUGAGGUGUAAUGGGCUGUUGGAUAGAAAUGUAAUGCAAAAGGAUAUGGAUGCAUUGAAUAAACACUGGUCAGCAGAGGUGCUUGGUUAUGGUCCUGAUGCUGAUGUGUUUAUACGUGAGGAAGAUGUGAUAGACUUCAAUGUUCCUGCAUGUAGAAAGUGUGGUGGGGAUUUAAAACCAAACGUAACAUUUUUCGGAGAUAAUGUACCGCGAUCCAAAGUCACUUUUGUGCGCAGUAUCGUGGAUAAAUGCGACGGUGUGUUAGUGGUUGGUUCAUCAUUACACGUAUGGUCAGGUUAUAGGUUUAUUACACAAGCCCAUGAGCUUGGGGUUCCUAUUGCCAUUGUAAACGUUGGGGAAACGAGAGCUGAUAAAUUUGCUGCUGUAAAGAUUGACGCACUUUGUACUGAUGUGUUUCGUGCAAUUGAGUAAGAUAAAACAGCAGUCAGUGGUGGACAUUUAAGGGGCAAACAGAACAGUCUAUCUGAAUUUGAAAUUAUUUCCGUAAAACAAUCAAUUUGUGCAAACUAUGCUAAAGUACAGGUACUAUUGCUUCUGCUACCUAAGUAUUUUUGAUAUGUCUGCAAUUUAAUAUAAUAUGCAAUAUACCUUGUUUUUAACUUAAAACUGUGAUUAAUUUUAUUUAUAAUCAAGCACAAUAUAGUAUAAUUAUAAUACAUCAAUAUUAUGUCGCCACAAUGUUAUUAUUGCGCACUGUUGCCAAAGUUUGUUGUUUUAUUGUUUUGUGUCUGUCAACUUAAUAUAGUGCAGCUUAUAAUUGAACAUUGCCUGGAGGGUUUUUAACCAUUAGUAGCGGCUUAUGUGAAUUCUGACUUAACUAGGUUUAACUGUAUGCAUAUGAAAUUGUAAUGAGAAAAGUAAAUUUUGAUAUAACAAGGUUUAACUACAAGCAUGUAAACAAUGUUACAUUAUGUGAAUUCUAAUUUCUGGCAUAUAUAGGUGAAUUCUGAUCUAACUAUCUAGAUUUACCUGUAUACAUUUUAAUUUUACCGUCAUCUCUUUCUGUAAUCGAGUGUUGUGUUUUCGUGUUUUUGCUUUUAUGUUUUACUCAGG